UCCCCAUCCAGCCGGAAGUGGCGCGGACGCCUGCUCAGUGCGCGCCGGCCGGGCAACCCUAUGCUGGCGUAAUCGGGGUCCUCCGAGCCGCCGUAGGACUGGUUCCGGCGGGCUGGUGAGGAAUGGAGACGGUAGGCUGUUGCGGCGAGUGCCGCGGCUCCUCCGUAGACCCGCGGAGCACCUUCGUGUUGAGUAACCUGGCGGAGGUGGUGGAGCGUGUGCUCACCUUCCUGCCCGCCAAGGCGUUGCUGCGGGUGGCCUGCGUGUGCCGCUUAUGGAGGGAGUGUGUGCGCAGAGUAUUGCGGACCCAUCGGAGCGUAACCUGGAUCUCCGCAGGCCUGGCGGAGGCCGGCCACCUGGAGAGGCAUUGCUUGGUUCGCGUGGUAGCAGAGGAGCUUGAGAAUGUUCGCAUCUUACCACAUACAGUUCUUUACAUGGCUGAUUCAGAAACUUUCAUUAGUCUGGAAGAGUGUCGUGGCCAUAAGAGAGCAAGGAAAAGAACUAGUAUGGAAACAGCACUUGCCCUUGAGAAGCUAUUCCCCAAACAAUGCCAAGUCCUUGGGAUUGUGACCCCAGGAAUUGUAGUGACUCCAAUGGGAUCAGGUAGCAAUCGACCUCAGGAAAUAGAAAUUGGAGAAUCUGGUUUUGCUUUAUUAUUCCCUCAAAUUGAAGGAAUAAAAAUACAACCCUUUCAUUUUAUUAAGGAUCCAAAGAAUUUAACAUUAGAAAGACAUCAACUCACUGAAGUAGGUCUUUUAGAUAACCCUGAACUUCGUGUGGUCCUUGUCUUUGGUUAUAAUUGCUGUAAGGUGGGAGCCAGUAAUUAUCUGCAGCAAGUAGUCAGCACUUUCAGUGAUAUGAAUAUCAUCUUGGCUGGAGGCCAGGUGGACAACCUGUCAUCACUGACUUCUGAAAAGAACCCUCUGGAUAUUGAUGCCUCGGGUGUGGUUGGACUGUCAUUUAGUGGACACCGAAUCCAGAGUGCCACUGUGCUCCUCAACGAGGACGUCAGUGAUGAGAAGACUGCUGAGGCUGCGAUGCAGCGCCUCAAAGCGGCCAACAUUCCAGAGCAUAACACCAUUGGCUUCAUGUUUGCAUGCGUUGGCAGGGGCUUUCAGUAUUACAGAGCCAAGGGGAAUGUUGAGGCUGAUGCAUUUAGAAAGUUUUUUCCUAGUGUUCCCUUAUUCGGCUUCUUUGGAAAUGGAGAAAUUGGAUGUGAUCGGAUAGUCACUGGGAACUUUAUAUUGAGGAAAUGUAAUGAGGUAAAAGAUGAUGAUCUGUUUCAUAGCUAUACAACAAUAAUGGCACUCAUACAUCUGGGGUCAUCUAAAUAAUAAUUAAAGUGGCUUUCAUAAUAUGUAACUUUUGGGUUCUGCCUUUUUCAGAAAAUGGAAACUUGGGCCAUGUGUAUUUCAAACAAAAAUAACUUUAGAUAUAUCUUUUUUGUAGCUUUGAUUGAUGCUCUAAGAUCACAUGAGGGUAGUUUUUAAUAGAUGAAGGACAACUUUGGACAUAACACUGACUAGGAGUUGAGAGCUUUUGCAUCAGGCAGAAGCAAACUGAUUAUAGUUGUGUUGCACCAGAUCAUGUAGCUGCUGUGUAACAUGACCUUAAAUAGUCUUUCUGCAUAGGAAGAGCAAAAGGGUAUUCAUCAAUAGGAUAUAGAUUUAAGACAUUCCCUGACUACCCCUUGCGUUGUUAGGUGAUGUCUUUUAGCAGAAUCAUGAAGACCUUUUUUCUCCCUUAAUAAAGGAGAAAAAUAUACUGAUGGCUUGAGAAAUUUUUCUCUGCCUUUCAGUUUUAUGAAUUUUUUCAGAAGUAACAAUAUUAUUAUUGACUUUUUACUUAUUUGAUAAAAAUUAAAGAACUAUUUUUGUUUUGGUCAGAUAAAUUGACAAGACUAAUCAGUAUUUUACUUAUUUGAUAAAAAUUAAAGAACUAUUUUUGUUUUGGUCAGAUAAAUUGACAAGACUAAUCAGUAUUUUAUUAUAAGUAAAACAUUUUUCUUUUUUCCUUAAAAAUAUUUUUUUUUUCACCUAGGUCUAAAUAGCUAACUAACUGGUAGACCAGAGUAUUACAUCAUCUUAUUUUGGUUUUAUACCAAUAAAACAUAGCGUGGAACUCAUUCAGGUAAUGUUUUGCAUUUCAUUGCUUUUGGAUGAACAAAGGAAGUAAACUAAUCCUUUAUAAAUGAAAACCCAGAAUAGUUGGUAUGUCAGCUAGUCAUUCCUGUCAUAGUCCCAGUAGAAUGAUUUUCAAGUUUGAAUUUCUGUACAAAUAUCUAAAUAAGAGAUGUGCAGAGAGCACCAAUUUUCCUUCAAUAUCCAUUCUUUACUUUUCACAUAAUGAUAGAACCUUUGAUUUUUCAACUGGGUAUGCCUCCUAGAAUAAAGCCUACAUUUCCCAGUCUCCUGUGCAGGUAUGACUGUGUUCUGGACAAUGGAAUGUGAGGGGAAACGAUUUUUUGUGUCCUUAAAAUGGCAUGACCAUUUAUUUGCCCCUUUCUCCAUCCUGUUGCUUGGAAUGUGGAUCUGGUAGUGAGCCAUCUUGGACCCUGAAGAGGAGGCAACACACCAUUGUAGAAGAAAAACAACAGAAGGAUCCUGGUCCCUGUACGACCUCGUUGAAGAAACACCAUAAGUGGCGUGGACUAUCCACCUCCAGACUGUUUUACAAGAGAGAAAUUAGCAUAUUCCAUCUAAUACAGUAUGAUGUAACUAAUGUUACUUUUGUAACAGUCAGUGGUUUGUUCUAACAGGACAGUAGAACACUUGCAAGGUAAGUAAAACCAAAUGUAUUAGCAUUACUCCUGCUUUUCCUUUUUUGUCACUUUUAUCCUUUUUUUAAAACUGAAAAUAUUUUUCUCUUGCUAUUUAUAUAUAUAUAUGAUAAAAAUGCUUGGAAGAGUCCUUUAA